AUGGCCACAAAGGACGACCAGAAGGACUGCCAGCAGGACAAACUUGUUCAUAACUGGAUCUGGGAGGCGACUAUACAAGAUGGCGGUGCUAAACAGCGGCACUAUGUACGGGACAGUGUGAUACCAGAGGGUUAUAAUGUGGAUUUGUACGAUUGGAGAAGGCUCAGCGACCUUGUGUCCACGGGAGAUACUGUGAGUGUGGACACCAUUGAGUCUAAACAAAUUACCAUGGAGGUGGGAGCGAUGCAAACCGCUGGACAGAUGGAGUUGGAGGAGUUAGGGCCAGGUGCAAGACACCGCGCUCUCUUCCUGGAAAAAAUCCAGCACAGCAACGAGGCGAUCCAAUCCGGUGAUUUCCAGACAGCCGUUAAACUCUACACGGAGGCCAUCCAGCUGGAUCCCACCAAUCACAUUCUCUACAGCAACCGCUCUGCAGCAUACAUUAAACUUCACCAAUAUAAGAAGGGUCUGGAAGAUGCGCAGAAGUCACGAGACUUAAACCCAAGGUGGAGCAAGCACGAGAAUCCCCUGAACAACAAGGCUUUGCCAUGUCGGUCCAUGAAUUAUUACGUGUUUAAUGAGAAAUUCCUGGAUGCAGUCAACUGA